GUAGUAUCGAAACUUGCCUAGCUUCCUCCUUUCGAAGCAAAAGUUUCCUUGAGCAAGACACCAGCUCCUUCUGUCAUAUAGUGCUGCUAUCAUAACUGUUGUAACAAUAUUCAGGAUGCAAAGCUACUGACGAAAUGAACUAAGCUAGUAAUGUUUGGGCCCGCUGUGAGCCUAGGGGCCUAUAAACAUAUGAAUUGAGCUGCAGAGGACCUAUUUGGUGUCCUGGUGAUAAUGCUGGGCCUAUUUGCCAGGUCCACAAAGCAGCGGGAGGAGGGCGGGCCACAGGCGCCCGCCCCGGCGGAGGAGUCGGAGGACGAUGACCCCGAGGCGUUCAACUACCCGGGCAUGCCAAAGCCGCCGAAGCCCAUCAAGCUCAAGGACCCAUACCCUGGCGGGAAGCGCCCCGAGAGCGAGCGGCCCAAGCACGCGCCGCCGCCGGGUCUUGGCUUGGAAGGCAUUCCGCUGCCUUCCGAGCCGCUGGUGCACGACGGCGCCACCGCGGUCAUAUUUGUAAAGGCCGGCAGCGAGCACCGCGCGCUGCUGUACCUCAUGCAGAAGGUGAACCGGCUGUACGGGCUGGACGACCUGCCUCCGGACGUGCCGCCCGACAUAGCGGCCUACCACUACCUGGUCAUGGCGGCGCCCAAAGACGCGCCUGUGGACGGCGACGCCUCCACGGACUUUGAGCGCAGCACGCUGCUGGACCUGCCCGGGGGCGGCUUUGUGGUGCGGCGGGUCAAGGUGCUGGCGCGGGACCCCCUGCUGGCGGGGCACGUGGACAGCACCGUGGUGGCCCGGAGGAUGCCUGUGGCCAGGCUGAACGACCGCAUGCGGGAAUCCGACCGCUCCGGCCGCUUCGCGCAGCAGCCGCCCGGCUCGCCGGGGCCGCUCACACCCGGCGCCGGCAGCAGCCGCAAGGGCGGCUUCGGCAGCCGGUUAGGCGCAGAGUCCAGCAUCAGCGGGGCCGCGGCAGACGGUGACCGGCACCCCAAGCGCAGGCCGUCCGCGCGGCGGCACCACCGCGGUCCGGCGGAGCUGGUGCCUGUGGCGCUGCCUGCCGCGCCCGCCUACAUGGCCACAGCCGCCGCCGUCAUCCGCCAGUUCAACCGCUCCGGCCUCAUUGUCACGCCCUACCUGUACGCCACAGUGGUGGCCGCGUCGGCGGUGUGCACCAUCCAGGGCUGGUGGCGGUCGCACAAGGUCCGCUUCCACGGCAACUUCGGGCAGCAGAUCAAAUUCGCCCGCGCGGCGCGGCGCAUCCAGCGCGCCUGGCGAGCAUUCAUGCUCCGCAGCCGUCUGGCUAUGCUGGCGGCGGUGCGGCGGCUGGUCACCAACGUGGGCGGCCUGCUGCUUGGAGCCAACCUGGCGCUCACAGCCUACCACUGCGCCCUGCUGCGGGACCAGGCCGGCCGCGUGGCGCGUGCCGCGGCUGCGGGCCACGCGGCGGCGGUGGCCAGCCGCGGCGGCGCGGUAGCGGCGGUGGCGGCGACGGCGCUGCCGACGUCGGCCUCGGCGGCGGCGCUGUAUCCGGAGCAGCGGUUGCGGUUCGGGUUCGACCGGGCUGGGGCGCUGGUGCUGGUGGAGCCUUCCAGGGAGCUGCCCAAGCCGCUGAGCGAGGGCACGUGGGCGCCUGGGCUGCCGACGCCGCCGGUGCCGCGCUCGCUGCCGCUGUGGUGCGGGCUGCACGUGCCGUUGUGCGGCGAGCGCGCGGCUGUGUCCGUGCACGGCUGCCGCGAAGUGAUGGGGCUGCAGCACGUCACAGCCCUGCUGACAGACGCCUCCAUGUGGAAGGACACGCACGGCCGCGAGAUGUCCCGCGCCUCGCUGCCCGACGUGUACCCGCCCGACCCCGCCGCCACCGCCGCCACCCUGGCGGGCGGCGGCACCUUUGACGACGUGGUGCUGACUGUGGUGUCCUUUCCCUCCGUGCACGAGGCCGCACUGCGCGCCGCGCUGCUGCUCGCCUACACCUGGGACCCGCGCCGCCGCGCCGGCGUGCAGCUCAUCCCCAUGCACCAGACCGCGGCGGCGCGCGGCGCCGCCGCCCAGGUCGCCAUGGCCGGUGCCAUCGCCACACUGACCGGCGGCGCCGCCGGUACCGGAGAGGCGGUGGCGGCGGCGGCUGCCGCCGCCGCCGGCAUGGCCGCCGGCAGCAAGCCCGGCACGCCGGGCGGCGGCGCUGCGGCCGCCAACAACCCGCUUGCGUGGCGGCACAUGACGCCGGCGGAGCGGCCCUCGCGCUCCAGCACGCCGCAGCACGGCGGGCAACGCAGCCCCGCUAGGGGCAGCACGCCAGCCAGCCCGUUGCGGGCCAGCCGCGGCGCCUCCAUGACCAGCGUACACCCGCACCUGCACCUCGGCUCGCCCACGGCCUCGCCGACGCGGUCGCGCGUGCCGUCGCAACUGCCGUCGCCGACACCUGGCACUCCGAGCAGUCGAGGGGCUGCGGCAGCUGGGGGCCUAGGCGGCUCCCCCGCGGCGUCUCCUUCGGGCGCGCGGCGGUCACGGCAGGCGGCUUCUCCAGCGGGGCGAGGGAUGGCUCCAUUGGGCGCGCGGGCACCGUCGCCGCCGCCGCUGCCCAUGCGGCCAGGCACAGUGCCCACGCCGCCCUCCAAGUUCUUAGACCUUGACGCCAUGCACCCGCACCCGCACAUGAUGAUGAUGGGGGCGGGGACGCCGGGGACGAGCAGCCCCGGCGGCUCUGUCGGCCCCGUGCCCGGCCUCGGAGCGCUGCAGGCGCUGCCGCGGCCGAGCACCACGCCCCUGGGCUCGGCGCGCGGCCUCAUGGGAGAGGUGUCGCUCGCGAGCCUGGCUGCAGGGUUUGGCGGCGCUGUGCCGCCCGAGCGCAGUCCCGCGCCGGCCUUCACCCUCGUCCCCAGCCCGCACACCGACCUGCCCCAGUCCUCGCUGGCUCGCGCGCUGAGCCCUGUCGCGAUCGCACACGCCCGCGCCGCGCAGCACCAGCAACACGAGCAGCAGGACCUGGCCAAUGAAGAUGAGGAUGCGGCGGUGGCACGCUCAGCAGGGUCACCGACCGCGGCAGUGGCGCGCUCAGCAGGGUCAGUGACGGCCGCGGUGGCACCUGGGGACUUGGCAGACGCUGCACGGGCAGCAACUGCACACACGGGGCAACCGGCACUGCCGCCCGGCUCUCCCUACCUCAAUUACGACAUGUUGUCGCCGCGAAGCCGGCAGUCAGCGGCAUCCGCGGCUGCGGCAGUGGCAGGCAGUCACCCGGGGUCUCCACCCGGCGGCGGCACCAGUCACGCGGACUCGGUCGCAGCGGAGGAGUCCGCCGGCUCCGCCGCCUUGGCCGCGGCACCCAUUGGCGACGACGCCGCGUCCUCGGUCGCGCCCUACUCACCCUACACCCUCUACUCGCCGCCCCAUGACGCCAAAGCUUGGCCGCCUCACCACCCGCAUGCACAGCCGCUGCCUGAGCGGCUCGCGUCGCCUGUGGGCGUGGGGGCGGAGGACAGCCAGGGCGGCCUGGGUGACCUGCCUCCUGGCGCCGCCCGCAGCCCCCCGCGCAGCCCUGCCCGCAGUCCCAGCCCCGGCCCUGGCGGCGGCGCGGGCGGCGAAUGGACUCCAGGGACAGCGGGAUCCUCGGAGGCAGGCCAGGCGCUGGCGGCGCCCGACGACAGGCACUCGUACCCCUUCCCCUAUAUUGUGCAGCCAUCACAGACGCCGCAGCUGCCGCCGGCAGUUGUGUACCUGCACCCAUCGGCGGGCGGCCCCUCUGACUACGAGCAGUACGCGGCGGCCCAGCAGCAACACCAGCAGCAGCAGCAGCCGAUGUCGGUGCAGGUGCCGGCGGCGCACACGGACCCCUACGCCCACAUGACAGUGCUGCAGCGGCACCAGGCUAUGGGCCUCUACUCCCACAUGGUGCUGAUGCCGGUGCCGGCCGAACCCAUUGCCACCGGCGCCAACCUGCGGCCGGAGGGUGGCCCGCCGGUCAACGCCGCCACCUUCGCCGCGCGCAGCCGCAGCCCCAGCCCGCCGGGCAGCCGGCGUGCCAGCGCUGACGGCGGCAGGGACGCCUCCGGGCUGAGCCUGCCCUCGCGAACCGUCAUCCGGCCGGGGCCCACCGACGACACGCCAGAGCUGGUCGUCGCUCCCAUGCGCAUCGAGGAGAUACACGUCCCCACGCUUGUGGAUGAGCUGACCAUCGCUGCCGGCAACCAGGGGCGCGACGACCGCUUCCUGGCGGACAACACGGCGCGCAUAGGGCGGCUGGUGGUGGCUGAGGAGCGCUUCUCGCGGCACCGGCAGCUGAUGAGCAAGCUGAUGCUGACCCAGGUGAUUGGGCGCCAGACUGCGGUGGACCACCUGCACGUGCCCGGCUACAGCCCGCUCAGCAGCGCCGCCAUGGGCGAGAUCGUGGCGGAGAUGGCGGCGGUGUACCGCGGCGAGGCGGCGGAGCUGGUGGCGGCGAUACGGCAGCAGCACAGGGAGGCCAUGGACGCGGUGACGCAGGAGAAGGCGGCCACGGUGCGGCACGUGGCCGCCACGUCGGGCAUGCAGGCGGCGGUGGUGGACAGCCACCUGGGCCGACUGGAGGAGGAGCGGGGCCGGGCGGCCAAGGCGCGAGUGACGCGGGCGCACAUGCGCAGCCUGCGGCGGGAGCGUGCCACGCAGGACCGUGCCUUCGCGGCGGCGUUCGGCCGGCAGGUGGCCAGCCUGGGCAAGCAGAUCGUGCGCAGCGAGAUCAAGGCACGCGACAGCGUGUGGGCGGCCGAGGCCACGCAGCACGCCACGACGCGCAAGGCGCUGGACCAGCAGACGCAGGAGCACAUCACGCUGGCCGCGGAGGAGAUCGCGGAGCUGAACCGCUGGAAGGCGACGGCGGUGCGGUCGGAGGGCUGGACGGCGGACGUGGCGGAGCACUACAACAUGAUCGACAUGUACCAGGCGGACACGGUGGCUCUGCGCCGCGACGAGAACUAUGCCCGCAUGCGCCGCGUUGGCCCCGCCGGCGGCGUGUGGGGCGGCGGCAAGCCCCGCGAGCUGCUGCGCGCGCCGCUGCCCAUCGCCUCCGUCGUCUCUGCGGCCGCCGCGGCGGCCGCGCGCAGCAACAGCGCCAGUGCCGUCUCCAGCCGAGGCUCGGGUGCGGCUGGGGGCGCCGCCGUCGGUGGCAGCAACUGGCGCACGCUCAGCGUCGGCGCACGCAGUGGCAGCGCGGGCGGCGAGGAGGCGGGCCCGUUCGCCUACUUGCCUAGCAGCACACGCGGCAGCUUCGGCAGCGGGUGGCCUCUGCCCUUCGAGGGCGACCAUGGCAGCAUGGCCAGCAGCGCGCCGGCCUCGGCGCUGCAGUCCCGCCAGACGCCCACCCGCCGCCCGCUGGCGAUGCCGGAGCCGCUGCCAGCGGGCUACGUGCCCGGCGGGGCCGCCGCGGGCGCAGGGCUCGCGCCCACCGCGGAGGAGGGCGACGGCGAGGACCGGUCCGGCACGCCAGGCUUCGAGUUCCCCGGCGCCCCGCCCGGCCCUUGGGGCGGCGACGUCACCCCAGAGCAGUUUCCGGGGUCUGCCGGCGGCGUGGCGGGGUACCCGGGAGCUUCCGGCAGCGGCGGCGCGGGGUCACGUGGCGGCAGCGUGGGCCACUCGCGGCGUGGCGUGCCGCCCAACCACAUGGUGGAGGGCCCCGACGGCCUCAUGCAGGACUACCUGCCUGAGGCCUACCCCAUGCAGCCGUACGGCAGCAGGCAGGGCACCGCGCAGCAGCGGCCGGUGGGCAUGGUGGUGUCACGGUACUGAGGUGGGCGUGAUUGCGCGCUAGGCGCAGAGUUGGCGUGGGCGAAAUGGUGUGUGACGUUGUGAUGUCGUGGCAGUGUACCUUGGUUGUUGGGUGCGGUGGUGACGGGUGCUGUAAGUACUGCAUGGGCAUGUGACAGGGCAGUGCAGGCUGUGACCGCCUGAUGCAAAGUUACUGUGAAAUUGAGCGCGCGCUAUUUGGUGUGCAGGCGGUAGGAUGUAUCUCUUGGGCGCAGCAACUGCACAGGAUGAUGGUGGUGAUUCAGUGUAACUGUCGUGCGGUUUCAAGGAUAAUGAAGAGCGGGCGAGGCCACGUUGGUAAGAUCAACGUUGGAUAGGUGGAGUGCGGCCUGACGAGUGAUGGACCAGGUCCUGGAUGGACACCGUGCAUCAAGAGCUGCGCUCGGUCCUGGAUGGACACCGCGCAUCAAGAGCUGCGCUGAAAGAAUGCGCGGGAAAUCCCCUGACCAGCACGAGGAUAUCAGGUUGGAGCUCCUCCCACUAUUUGUCGAUGUUGUAACCUAUGACUGAA